ACUUUAUUGCUGUUAAAUUCAAGAUUUUUACUAUUUAUAAAGUAUAUAAACACACUACAUUGUACAUCUCCCCAUAUAUACACACAGGGAGAUUACAGAGACGUGUAAAAGGAGUAUUUUGUAUAUUUUUGUUUUCUUUUUCUUUCUUUUUUUUUGUCUAUUUUCAAGAAAUGGGUAGUGGGGAGGAGAGGAGGCUGAUGGGGUUGGUGGGGGUGAUUUGCAUUGGGUUUUUGUUGGGUGUGGCUGUUGAAGGCCGUGAAUUUGAGGAGUUUUUCUUCAACAAAACGGAGCUGCCAUUCUUGCAAUCUGUCUACGGCGGCGCCGCCUCUGCUGCCGACACUAAUCCUAACCCUGUUUUGGUUCCCCUUACUCUCAUUCAAGGAGCUGAUGCUAAAGGAGCUGUGUGCCUUGAUGGGACGUUACCCGGUUAUCACAUUCAUGAGGGGUAUGGAUCAGGAGCUAACAGUUGGGUCAUUCAAUUGGAGGGUGGUGGAUGGUGUAACACCAUUAGAUCAUGUGUUUACCGCAAAACUACGCGGCGUGGGUCAUCGAAAUUCAUGGAAAAGAAUCUUCCAUUUACCGGAAUUUUGAGCAAUAAGGCUGAGGAGAAUCCAGAUUUUUACAAUUGGAAUAGAAUUAAAGUUCGCUACUGUGAUGGUGCAUCAUUCUCAGGAGAUAGCGAAAAUCAGGCUGCACAGCUGCAGUUUAGAGGGCAACGCAUAUAUGAAGCAGCAAUGGACGAGUUAAUGUCAAAGGGAAUGCGGAAUGCUGAACAGGCUCUUCUUUCUGGGUGCUCUGCCGGUGGUCUUGCUUCGAUAUUGCACUGUGAUGAGUUUCGAAGCUUAUUUCCUAGUAGUACUAAAGUGAAGUGCCUGAGUGAUGCGGGAUUGUUUAUGGAUGCAACGGAUGUGUCUGGUGGGCAUAGCCUUAGGAAUAUCUUUUCGGGCGUAGUAACUGUCCAGGAUCUCGUGAAAAACCUGCCAAAAAGUUGUACCAACCACCUCGAUCCAACCUCGUGCUUCUUUCCUCAGAAUUUGAUCGCAAACAUCAACACUCCGCUCUUCUUACUCAAUGCUGCCUAUGAUUCGUGGCAGGUCCAAGCCAGCUUGGCUCCUCCUUCAGCUGACCCGAAUGGGGCUUGGCAUGACUGCAAAGCGGACCAUCAGAAAUGCUCGACGUCACAGAUUAAAUUUCUGCAAGGAUUUAGGAAUGAUAUGCUGGACGCUGUAAAGGGGUUCGCAGCUUCUAAACAGACGGGCUUGUUCAUAAAUUCAUGCUUCGCCCACUGCCAGUCCGAGAGGCAGGAUACAUGGUUCGCUGACGAUUCUCCUGUUAUCAAUAACAAGGCAAUUGCACUUGCGGUUGGAGAUUGGUAUUUUGAUCGGGCUAGCGUGAAAUAUAUUGACUGCGCAUACCCUUGUGACAAAACAUGCCACAACUUGGUGUUCAGAUGAGCCUGAGCCUGAGCCUGCACUUUUUAUUUCUUUAAUUUAUUGAAAGAGUAUAAUAAUUUUAGCUGAGUUUAUAUAAGAUAAUCUGUGUCAGUAAUUUAUGUUUCCCAUUAAUUUGCAAAUGUAAAAGAAUUAAGGGAUACAAUAAUGUGAUGAUUGUCUUGUCUUGUUGUAAGCAAUUGUAUUAAUAUUUCCUUUUUCAUUUGGGCAAUAACUUUA